ACCUGGACCUGCUCCCUCGCUAAAACAUCAAUGUAUCAACUUGGACCUGCUUCCUCCCUGCAACAUCAAUGUAUCAACCUGGACCUGCUCCCUCCCUCCCUGCAACAUCAAUGUAUCAACCUGGACCUGCUCCCUCCCUCCCUGCAACAUCAAUGUAUCAACCUGGACCUGCUCCCUCCCUCCCUGCAACAUCAAUGUAUCAACCUGGACCUGCUCCCUCCCUCCCUGCAACAUCAAUGUAUCAACCUGGACCUGCUCCCUCCCUGCAACAUCAAUGUAUCAACCUGGACCUGCUUCCUCCCUGCAACAUCAAUGUAUCAACCUGGACCUGCUCCCUCGCUAAAACAUCAAUGUAUCAACUUGGACCUGCUUCCUCCCUGCAACAUCAAUGUAUCAACCUGGACCUGCUCCCUCUCUCCCUUCAACAUCAAUGUAUCAACCUGGACCUGCUUCCUCCCUGCAACAUCAAUGUAUCAACCUGGACCUGCUCCCUCGCUAAAACAUCAAUGUAUCAACUUGGACCUGCUUCCUCCCUGCAACAUCAAUGUAUCAACCUGGACCUGCUCCCUCCCUGCAACAUCAAUGCAUCAACCUGGACCUGCUCCCUCCCUGCAACAUCAAUGUAUCAACCUGGACCUGCUUCCUCCCUCCCUGCAACAUCAAUGUAUCAACCUGGACCUGCUCCCUCCCUGCAACAUCAAUGUAUCAACCUGGACCUGCUCCCUCCCUGCAACAUCAAUGUAUCAACCUGGACCUGCUCCCUCCCUCCCUGCAACAUCAAUGUAUCAACCUGGACCUGCUCCCUCCCUGCAACAUCAAUGUAUCAACCUGGACCUGCUCCCUCCCUGCAACAUCAAUGUAUCAACCUGGACCUGCUCCCUCCCUCCCUGCAACAUCAAUGUAUCAACCUGGACCUGCUCCCUCCCUGCAACAUCAAUGUAUCAACAUGGACCUGCUCCCUCCCUCCCUGCAACAUCAAUGUAUCAACCUGGACCUGCUCCCUCCCUGCAACAUCAAUGUAUUAACCUGGACCUGCUCCCUCCCUCCCUGCAACAUCAAUGUAUCAACCUGGACCUGCUUCCUCCCUGCAACAUCAAUGUAUCAACCUGGAUCUGCUCCCUCCCUCCCUGCAACAUCAAUGUAUCAACCUGGACCUGCUCCCUCCCUGCAACAUCAAUGUAUCAACCUGGACCUGCUUCCUCCCUGCAACAUCAAUGUAUCAACCUGGACCUGCUCCCUCCCUCCCUGCAACAUCAAUGUAUCAACCUGGACCUGCUCCCUCCCUGCAACAUCAAUGUAUCAACCUGGACCUGCUUCCUCCCUGCAACAUCAAUGUAUCAACCUGGACCUGCUUCCUCCCUGCAACAUCAAUGUAUCAACCUGGACCUGCUCCCUCCCUGCAACAUCAAGACAGACAUUCCUUUAAACAAGAGGAAAGUUCUCUGUCUGAGUGCAUCUGAAAACAUCGAUCAGUUUGGCCAGGGGAGAACUCCAG